GCCCCGCCCCGAGUCCGCGGCACCGCCCGCUCGCGCAGACCCCGAGCGUGGCCGCAGCGAAGAUGGCGACUGCCAUGUACUUGGAGCACUACCUGGACAGCAUUGAGAACCUUCCCUGUGAACUUCAGAGGAACUUCCAGUUGAUGAGAGAGCUAGACCAGAGAACGGAAGAUAAGAAAGCAGAGAUUGACAUCCUGGCUGCGGAGUAUAUUUCCACGGUGAAGACUCUGUCUUCAGACCAGCGUGUGGAGCACCUGCAGAAGAUCCAGAGCGCCUACAGCAAGUGCCGGGAGUACAGUGAUGACAAGGUGCAGCUGGCCAUGCAGACCUACGAGAUGGUGGAUAAACACAUCCGAAGGCUUGAUGCUGACCUGGCCCGCUUUGAGGCUGACCUGAAAGACAGAAUGGACGGAAGUGACUUUGAAAGCUCUGGACCACGAAGCUUGAAAAAAGGCCGGAGUCAGAAAGAAAAGAGAAGCUCCCGGGGCCGAGGCAGGAGAACAUCAGAAGAGGACACUCCAAAGAAAAAGAAGCAUAAAAGCGGGUCUGAGUUUACUGACAGCAUCCUUUCUGUGCACCCCUCUGAUGUGCUGGACAUGCCUGUGGAUCCGAACGAGCCCACAUACUGUCUGUGCCACCAGGUGUCCUAUGGGGAGAUGAUUGGCUGUGACAAUCCAGAUUGUCCGAUUGAGUGGUUUCACUUUGCCUGCGUGGAUCUCACCACAAAGCCCAAAGGAAAGUGGUUCUGUCCACGGUGUGUUCAGGAGAAGAGGAAGAAGAAGUGAGGCACAGGCUGAUGUGCCGGACGGAAGAGCGAGCUCAUUAUUUCCUCACUCGCGUUGCAAUAUUAGCUUUCAUUUUAAAACUACCUUAUUUCAACUGAUAUUUAAUCAUUCAGUGGCCACUUGUCAUUUGGGAUAUUUCCCAAAAUAAGAAGCCACUGCACCGUUUGCACAGAACAAUCUCACAGGGACUUACUUGCCACGGUGACUUUACACGCAGGCUCCCCGCUCCUGCAACCUCCCAGCACCGGGAAUGGCAGCACGGCCUGUGGCGAGUGUCACUUUGGACUGGACACAUUUUAACCUGGUGUACUGCCAUGUUUGGUGACUAGAGGGUCAGCCUUGAGUGUCCAUGUUCCCAGGACUGUCUUGUAUCACCAUGGAAGCACAGCUGUUGCUCUGUGAGCAAAGUGUUAGCAGGCGCUGUCCCACGCCAUUCUGUGACCCCGACUGAAGCCCGGGGACUCCUGGCUGGCCAACAUACCUCUGAUGUGUCUGGAAAGGACUGGCGGCUCUUCCCAGGCGGAAGCGCCUCUGUUUGAUUGUGCCCCGCCUUUUCAGUGUGAACUUCCAGCCCUCCCCUGAGAUUCAGCCAUUAGCCUUGGACUGUCAGUGUUCAUGACCAGCACUGCCCAACAGCAGACAGCCAGGCUGAGUCUCCUCCUCUCUGGGAAUUCCUGACUUUUUUUUUUUUUUUUUUUUUUUUUUUUUUUACUGUGAAGAUGAAAUUAUUGUAAUAGCAUGAAGGUCUGUGUAUCUCUGAAGUGAGUCUGUCUGCUGUGAGCUGAUUUUAGAACUCUGCUGUGUUGCAUCCCACGAGCCUGCGUUCAGGGGGACUACAGUUACGUGACAUGAUUUGUGAAUUUGUGUGCCCAAUAGCAGUUCUAGAAUGAAGGUAGGAAACUAGAGUGUACGCUUUGUUUAACCAGUGUCCACGAAACCAGUGUUGAACCGUCUUUUGGAAAUAUUUGGGGGGCGGGGACGUAUAUACAGGGCAUGUUGAGGUAUAUCUCUGGUGGCUCCUUAAGUGUGACAAGGUCCUGAGGGUUUCUUUUGACUUCAAAUGCCUCUGGCAUAUUUCCCAGUGUCUCAGGCUCUCUGAGAACUAAGAAUGCCUGUCCCUGGCCUUACUCCAGAAGAAGACCCACAAAACAGGUAGGUUAUACAAUUUCCAGUUUCAGGAGAGGCCAGUUUUUUAUCUGACGACAGACACAUUGUUUUAAGAUGGUCAUGUCUAAGUAGUUAGAUUUCCCUCCCACUUUAUCCAUGGAAA